GGAUUUUAAGAGUAAGAACAUCAUGGUGCGUACAGACCUCACAGCCGUGAUCGGUGACUUCGGUCUCGCUGUUUGCUUCGAGCCGGGGAAACCACCUGGAGAGACACACGGACAGGUAGGGACCUGGCGUUACAUGGCUCCAGAGGUUUUAGAAGGAGCGAUCAACUUCCAGCGAGACGCUUUCCUCCGAAUCGACAUGUACGCCGUGGGGCUGGUGCUGUGGGAGCUGGUGUCCCGCUGCAAGGCUGUUGAUGGCCCGGUGGAUGAGUACAUGCUGCCGUUUGAGGACGAGGUCGGUCAGCAUCCGUCACUGGAGGACCUGCAGGAAGUCAUCGUCCACAAGAAGAUGAGACCGGCCUUCAAAGAGCUGUGGCUCAAACACAGU